AUCAGCCGUGUCUGACACUGGCCUUAAAAUACCUCUCAAAAUAAUAACAAAAUGUACACCAUCUAACACAAAACCCCGUUAAAACCUCCGCUCCGAAAUCCUCGAAGGGCACAACUGACCAGGAACACAAUAAAAGAUGGCCCCGAAUAGUGAACACAAUGAAUCCAUUUCGGGCAGUGCGGCAGCACUAGCUAUUAUUCGUGAAGAGCAAAUAUCCCCCGUGCAGUCACAGAUGAUCAAAGCACAGAGCCCAGGCAGUGGUACAAAUAAAUCGGCUAGCAUCUGUCCAUGUAAAGGCGCAUGGUCUGAAAGGGAAAAGGAAGUAACGAAAUUAGCCGAACAACAGCUAAAAGAAAAAGAAGACCAAUUGAAGAUAGAGUUUCAAGAACGAUUGGAGACGGAGCUGAAAUUAUUGAGAGAAAGAUUCGAUUUGGUUCUACGCAAUGAACAGAUCCGAAGCGCGUACAUGUCGAGAGAGGCGCACAGAGAGAGAAAGGAGAAGAUAUCAGCAUUGCAGACCCAACUUGAGUGUAAGAACAUCGCAGCAUUGAUGUACGUUCUGUGUUCGGAACGCAGGAAGAGCAAGUUGCAUAUACUGAGGAUACGUGAAGAAUACGAUAAAUACAUUGAUGGAUUGCACCAAAUUCUGAGUGAGAGUCAAGAUUUAAUACUGGACCUGUCCCGAGGAUACAAGACUGCUGCCAGAGUGGAUCACGAAUGGAAAAAGAAAAUGAACCAGAUUAUAAAAGAGUUCCAGAACUACGUGUACCACUAUGCUGGGGGCACCCCCGAUACGAACCAGUACUUCUUCGAUAUUCCUCAGCUGAUGACCACAAAGGAACCAAUAAAAGAUGAUCCUAAAGAGGACCCUUGUGAUGAAGAUGUUGUUGUAGAAGAAACACAACUUGAACCUCCGAAGGAAUGGUGGGAGUUAAUAGAAAGAGAUAGUCGACCCUUUAUAGUAAUGGGCGACAUGGCUGAAUUCAAACCACCACAGCGAAGAGAUGUAUUGAAGGUUGUCAAAGCAUCUAAAACUGCGCCAAAAAAAUGGAAAAAAUACGCUUUCAACAAUGUGUACAUCAAUUCACAAUGUCCAAAUCUUAAGAACAUUAAAGAUGACUAUGAAAAGAAUUUACCUCAACAAGAGAAGUGGUGUAAGCACGAGCUACCUGAAGAAACUCCGAGACACUCGGACACCAGUCGGCGCCUGACUAGAGCCAGCGAUAAUUUAAGGGCCAUUGAUAUGGGAUCCAUACUGAAAAUGAUCACAUCCAGUGGCCGUAACACAGGAGGAAGGGCAACGCUUCUAGGAGCUCGUGACUCCAUGGAGAUAGUAUCUACUACGAGACUGCGAGAAAAGAAAAAAAGUUCUCAAGAUCCUGGAAAAGUGGUUCUGAAUGUCGGAAAUAAAUUUGAGGCAAUUUGCAACGAGAUGGCUGAAGAAGUACUUGCAGAAGAAAUUGAGGAAAGAGUACAGAUUACUAAAAGGCGAAGCACAAAUGACGAGGGAUCAAUUAACUCCCAAUGGGCUUGGACGAGUCCACGUAAUGAUAGUCUACAGAUCACGCAAGAACAUCCUCCACAAGAUCGAAUCAACUAUGAAAAGGUUUGUCCGAUGGAACAAUGUCAGCGGAUGGACGUGGACUCAUUUAUCAGAACGCUGCCCUCAUAUAUGAAGGCCAGUCCUUUCGCUCACUACGAGCAGAGCUUUGAAGAGUACGAGACAUGCACUCCAGAACAACUGGAAAUAUUGAAGCAGAGAAUCGAAGACAAGAAACACAAGGAGAGAGUAGACUUCCACCUACCCGAGCCAGAGCCUAUUGAAGAAUGGGCAGAUGACUUUGCUGAAGGUGUGGGGGUCCAGACAUCUGCUACGUCGGUGUAUCCUCCCCCAUGCACGUGCUCGGUGAAGGGGAGCUCUUCCGGAGAGGGUAUGGGGGUGUUUAACCUGGCAGACCUGGUACCUGUCAAAUUAAAACUGGAGAAGAUUACUGAAGAAUGCUUCCAUCAAGACAAUAUUGAAUUUGAUCGGUUUGACGUUAUCGGACAAGAUAUCGAAGAAAAACCAAUUAUAGAAUCAGAAAACCCUAACUUCAAAGAAGAUCGCGUCGCUGCAAUACGAAACAUUUUGGAACAUCAUCCAAGUAUCUGCGAAAUAUUCCAAGCUAAUAUACGAUAAAAUGCAAUAAAACUCCG